AUGGGAUUGAUCGCAGCAUCAUUAGUAUUAGUUUUAUCAGAAGAAAUCGAAGAAUACGAUUACGAAGAUGAUGGUGGUGCUGCACCACCACCGCCACCACCACCUCAACACGUUGGUAGAGGUCGGAUACCUUUACCAUCAUCCAGACAAAAUAAAGGUCCGGCACUAAUUGGAAAUGCUAAUAAAAUUAACGGAAAACCUGGGGCUGGAGGAAAAGGUGCACCACCUGCAAAAUCAACUGCGGCUCCACCAGUUCAAGAACCCCAAGAAGAGGAAAUAGAUGAAUACGAUGAAGGAGUCGAAGAACCCGUAGAACAAACAUCAACGGAAGCACCAAAAAAAACAAUCAAACCCAUCGUGAGACCUUUCAGGAGUAAUGAUGAUUUAUUGGCAGCAUUGAAAAGAAGGCGUCAACAAGCUCAAAAUUCAGGAUCCGUAGUUGAUAAAACAAACAGCAGUCCUUCGACUUCGACAACAACCGCACCACCAUCCAAUAAGAAAUCAUCAAAUUCAUUCGGGAGAAAUCGUAACGGCGGUGGUGGAAGAGGUGGUCAACAACAACAACAACCACAGGAUGAAUACGUAGAACCUGAAAGUCCUAAAAAAGGAAGUCAAUCACGUAAUAAAUACAAUACGAAAAAUGGUUCGAGAUCUCCCCCGGCUCCCGUACUCGAAGAUAUACCCGUAGAAGAACAAGCUAAACCAAAAUUCGGUCGUGGUUCUAGAAGAUCUUAA